UCUAUCAACACUUUUUGUUUUUUUAUGCUCCUGCACCUGUGCUUGGCUGUCACACAGCCCAAACACUCUGUGGAGGAACAACAGCCCUGUGACAAAGGUCCUUCGACACCAACAAAGGAAACUGAAUGUAAAGGCAGGGGGAGGGAUGGAAGAGAGCUAUGAGACAUUUGAGGAGGAGUUAUGGCCACCGAGGGCAGACGAUCCUCCACAGAGACCUGUUCGACAGAUCCGCAAAACAAGUGGAGAAAUUUUCGCGUCAAGAAAAAACAGAGAGGAAGUAGCUCCUGUUCCUCAACAACCGAGAUCAGAACCUAAGACCUUGCCCAGGGAACCCAGCUUCACCAAACCAUCGUCCCUGGAAAAACCCUUGCCUACUAUAAACCUGACUCAGGUAGCGACGCCCUGGGAGAAUAUCACUCUCAACCGCUGUCUUUUUGUUGCCAUCACCAUUCUGGUACUCACGUCAGGCUUUCAGAGACUUAACGAAACUUUGCGUGGCCAGGGAACAAUAGAAGAAUUGGAAGAAGCUGGGCUGACAGUGAGGCGACCAAGGAUGUUACGUCACAGAGGACAUCUGCCAGAACCUGAGAUGUCUCUGUGGGAAGUCAUUUUUUGGUGGCUGCCAGACCUUGAUGAUGAAGACGAAGAAGAGGAUGAUGAUGAAGAGAUCAAAAGAAGAAAAUCAAAGAGGGUAGUAACAACACGAACAUCAAGAGGUUUCAGGAACAGGCCGAUGCCAGAGAAAAAACUCUUAAAGCAAAGAGACGGGAAAUUAAAGGACAGGAGGACCAGAAAAGCCAAGGCCAACAGAAUCAAAGACAAGAGAGGAAGGAUGAAGAAAGAGGACCCUGAAGAGGCAACAGACAAAGAUGAUGAAAGAGACGAGACAGAGCCAAAGAAUAUGUUGGAAGACGAAGAAUAAAAGAUUGAGAUUUUUUAUUUAGCUCUGAGAUACACAAGAUGAUCAAUGUAAGCAUUGAAGAUUUAUAGCACAGUGUUGCCUUAGUUAUUUUAAUGUAUUAGGCCCAAAAUGAAAUAAGUCUGUACCUUGCCUCUUUGAGAAGACAUCUAAUAAAUCCUGCUAAGCACAUGUA